AUGUACCAAUUCUGUACCUAUCUAUCUGCCAACACAUCUUUACCUUUACCAAUUCUGAACCUUACUAUCUACGAACUCAUAACUAUAUCUAACAAUUCUUUACCUAUCUAUCUAUCUACUACCACUUCUUUACAUCUACCAAUUCUGUAUCUGUCUGUCAGCACAUCCCUACAUCUAUCAAUAUUGUACCUAUCUACUAACACAUAUCUACAUCUACCAAUUUUGUAUCUAUCUGCUAGAUCUAUCAAUUCUGUACCUACCUAUCUACUAAUUCACACUACAUCAACCGAUUCAGUACAUAUCAAUCUACCAACAGUUCACAUCUACCAAUUCCUUACCUAUCUACCAACACGUCUCAACACAUCCGUAUAUCUAACAAUUCUGUACCUAUCUACCUACCAAUAUACCUUUACAAUAACCAAUUAUGUACCUAUCGAUCUACUGACACAUUACUACAUCUACCAACUCCGGACCUAUUAUCUGCCAGCACAUCUCUACAUCUACCAAUUCCCUAUCUAUCUAUCUAUCUAUCUAUCUAUCUAUCUAUCUAUCUAUCUAUACAACUUUACAUCUGCCAGUUUUCUACCUCUCUGUCAACAGAUCUCUAGAUGUAGCAAUGCUGUAUCUAUCUAUCUGCCAACACACCUCACCAUCUAA